AUGUCUGUAUUGUUAACAUAUCCUCCAUGUUGUCUAUCCCAGGCACAAAGACACAAUUUCAAUGGCCCACAAUGUGGUACGAAGCCUCAUGAAUCCCGUGAAGUUCGUUUCAAUCCAGAAGUAAUGCGCGCUGGUGAAGGCAUUAUUGGACUUCAGGCUGGAACCAACAAAUUUGCUACACAGAAAGGAAUGGUGAUGGGUGGUGUCCGCCACAUUGCAGACAUCCGUUGUGACCAGUAUGAUCCAGAAAGUAGUAAAGACAUUAACCUGCAGGCUGGAACCAACAAAUAUGCAUCCCAGAAAGGAAUGGUGAUUGGCGGAGUCCGCCAUGUUUCAGACAUCCGCUGUGACCAGUACGAUCCAGAAAGUUCCAAAGACAUUAACCUGCAAAGCGGUACCAACAAGUUUGCCACACAAAAGGGAAUCGUCAUUGGGGGUGUUCGCCAUAUCGCAGACAUCCGUUGUGACGAAUUCUCACAGGACUCACAAGGACAUGUCGGCUUGCAGAGCGGUUCAAAUAAAUUCGCUACCCAAAAGGGUAUGAGCUUCGGAGCAGUCCGUCACGUGAAUGACAUCAAGUCAGAUGAAAUCAGUGAUGAAGGCAAACGUACCAUCAAUCUCCAAUAUGGCUUUACUACUGGGGCGAACCAGUCAGGAAUGAGCUUUGGAAAGAACAGAUCUAUUCUAUUAUAG